CUCAUGGCUGGGUCUCCGCGCCGCGCUGCGGGUCGGCGACUGCAGUUGCCUCUGCUGUGCCUCCUCUUCCAAGGCGUCACCGCCAUUCUCUUUGCGAUCUUUGUCCGCUACAACCACGAAACCGACGCUGCCCUCUGGCACCAGGGCAAUCACAGCAACGCGGACAAUGAAUUUUACUUUCGGUACCCAAGCUUCCAGGAUGUGCACGUCAUGGUCUUUGUGGGCUUCGGCUUCCUCAUGGCCUUCCUGCAGCGCUACGGCUUCAGCAGCGUGGGGUUCACCUUCCUCCUGGCCGCCUUUGCCCUGCAGUGGUCCACGCUGGUUCAGGGCUUUCUCCAUGCCUUCCACAGUGGGCAUAUCCAUGUUGGCAUGGAGAGCAUGAUCAACGCUGAUUUCUGUGCGGGGGCCGUGCUCAUCUCCUUGGGUGCCGUCCUGGGCAAGACUGGGCCUGCGCCGCUGCUGUUUGCCACCCUGCUGGAGGUGGUGCUGUUUGGCAUCAAUGAGUUUGUGCUCCUCCGUGUCCUGGGGGUGAAGGAUGCAGGAGGCUCCAUGACCAUCCACACUUUUGGCGCCUACUUCGGGCUGGCCCUGUCCCGGGUUCUCUACAGGCCCCAGCUGGAGAAGAGCAGGCACCGCCAGGGCUCUGUCUACCACUCGGACCUCUUCGCCAUGAUUGGGACCAUCUUCCUGUGGGUCUUCUGGCCUAGCUUCAAUUCUGCGCCCACUGCGCUGGGAGAUGAGCAGCUUCGGACAGCCCUCAACACAUACUAUUCCCUGACCGCAAGCACCCUCAGCACCUUCGCCCUGUCAGCUCUUGUCAGCAGGGAUGGGCGGCUCGACAUGGUCCACAUCCAGAAUGCGGCACUGGCUGGAGGGGUUGUGGUGGGAACAUCAAGUGAAAUGAUGCUGACUCCCUUUGGGGCUCUGGUUGCUGGCUUCUUGGCUGGGACUGUCUCCACCCUGGGGUACAAGUUCUUCACGCCCAUCCUUGAAUCAAAAUUCAAAGUCCAAGACACAUGUGGUGUUCACAACCUCCAUGGGAUGCCAGGGAUCCUGGGGGCCCUCCUGGGGGCCCUUGUGGCUGGGUUGGCCACCCAUGAAGCUUACGGAGAUGGCCUACGGGACGUGUUUCCACUGGUAGCUGAGGCCCAGCGCAGUGCCACAUCCCAGGCUGUGCACCAGCUCUUUGGGCUGUUUGUUACACUGAUGUUUGCCUUUGUGGGUGGGAGCCUUGGAGGGCUCCUGCUGAAGCUGCCCUUCCUAGACUACCCCUCGGACUCCCAGUGCUACGAGGACCAGAUUUAUUGGGAGGUACCUGAGGAGCACGAGGAUAAAGCCCAGGAGCCUCUCAGGGUGGAGGAACCAGACACUCAGGCCUAACCUCUCGUGCCAGCUCCUGAGAGGAUGCACCUUUUAGAAGAUGAUGAGUGGGCUCGGCGCCUGUGGCUCAAGCGGCUAAGGCGCCAGCCACAUACA